CUGCGAGAGGGAGGAGAGAGCGGAGGAUUGUCCCCACUGUUCACCGGACAGCCGCGAAACUGUGGCGUCGUGACUGAAAAACGACACAGGAUGGACGAACGGGAAGAUGCAAUGUUUAAAACCACUGGUUCCAAGUGGCUUCUCCCUGUCAGUGGAUACCUGGGCUUAUCUCUGGACCAGGUAAAUUUCCUAGCCUGCCAGCUAUUCGCCCUGGUUGCUGCCUUCUGGUUUCGUCUCUACCUCAGUCAUGCGAGCUCCAUAGUCCGGCACGCCGUCGCCACGCUCCUUGGGAUCUUUUUUCUCUUCUUCUGCUUUGGAUGGUAUUCAGCUCAUAUUCUAGCUGUGGUGGCUGUAAACUAUUUGUUCAUCAUUAAAGCUGACCUUAACAAUGUACACAGGUACUCCAUGGUGACAGCUAUGGGCUAUCUUACAGCGUGUCACAUGAGUCGAGUCUUCAUCUAUAACUACGGCAUACUUUCCACGGACUUCUCCGGACCUUUGAUGAUUGUAACCCAGAAGAUAACCACACUCGCCUUCCAGCUCCAUGAUGGCAUCUGUAAGAAAAGCGAGCAGCUGACAUCGGAGCAGAAGCAUGUGGCUAUACGUGUGAGGCCGUCUCUCAUUGAGUAUCUGAGUUAUAAUCUGAACUUCCUGAGUGUCUUGGUCGGGCCUUGCAGCAACUAUAGGGACUACGUUGACUUCAUAGAGGGCAAACACAUCAGCUGCAGGCUAAAGCAGCACCCUGGAACGUGUAACGGGCAGAACGGUUACGACAAGACACCUGACCUAUCCCCUCUUAACGCAGUCUGUCGAAAGCUGCUGGUCUGCUGCGGCUGCAUGUUCCUCUUCCUCGUUAUCACUCGGUCGUUGCCGAUUACUUAUAACGCAGACAACCACUUUGUCGGUCACGCCUCCUUCCUCACCAGGCUCACCUAUGCCUUCUUCUCCAUACAAGCAGCAAGACCCAAGUUCUACUUUGCCUGGACGCUCGCUGACGCAGUAAACAAUGCAGCAGGUUAUGGUUUUCUGGGGAUGGAUGAGAGCGGAAAACCCUCAUGGGACCUCGUCUCCAAUCUCAACAUAAUAGGAAUUGAAACGGCAACCAGCUUUAAGACCUUCAUUGACAACUGGAAUAUUCAAACAGGAAUUUGGCUCAAAACGGUGUGUUAUGACCGAGCUCCGAAGCACCGCUUGCCGUUGACCUUCAUCCUGUCUGCCCUGUGGCAUGGUGUUUAUCCAGGCUACUAUUUUACCUUCCUCACUGCUAUCCCCAUUACCAUAGCAGCAAGAGCUAUACGGAGGUCCAUUAGGCACUACUUCAUUGGCUCCAAAGUCUUAAAGCUUUGUUACGACAUUGUAACUUGGGCGGCAACCCAGCUAGCCAUUUGCUACACUGUCAUGCCUUUUCUUCUUCUCUCAGUAGAGCACACUAUAGUUUACUACAGAUCUAUGUACUUCCAUGUCCACAUCAUCAGUAUUCUGGCUGCAGUUGCCCUGCAUCGGAAACAUAAACCCAGAGAAACCUCCGCCGCCAACAAUUCUGCUCCCCCCGUCUCCCUCUCCUCCUCUUCCUCCACGGCUGCGUGCCCAGCCCAGUGCCAGCCUGUCCACUCCAACAAUAAUGACAAAGAAAACUGAAAAUCCCAUCUUCACAUGGUUCUUAACCAGGCAUAUAGUUUUCUUAGUGCGCUCUGCCUGCCUCAAAUGUGAAAAAAUGGAUCUAUUUAUUUUUCUGACACAAUAUAGAAGAUUCAGGCUGUAUUCCUGAUGCACUGGAUGUACACAAUAAGAGCCUUCAGCCAUGUUAGACAAUUAGGAGCCUGCACCAACAGCACACAGACUGUAAGGAGAAGCAAAAUCUGAGGGAAUAUCUCUGAUGCCACCCCUGCCAUGAUGGCUGACGUCUCUCCCAACCCCCCACCCCUGUUCCCUGAAGCUUUUCCACUCCUCCACCCACCUCGACACCAACGUGCCUGCUUCAACUGCAAUAGCCGAAUGUAAAAAGACAGCCCCCCCCCCCCAAACUGGUGAAGUGGGGGCUAUUGCAGUAGGAGAGUGGCAAAUACCAGAGCCCGUACACAGAGACUCAUCCACAAACAGACUUGAGGAAGCAAAUAUGCACAUGCUCCUCUGACAUGCUUGCACUCAGUCACACUCUGAUCGUACACAAAGGCUGGCCUUGUGAAUUCACAAAAGAGGGUGCAGAGGGCACAGGGCUGCAGACGCUACGCCUACUUUACCCAGAGAAUGUUUUCAAUUUGUGUGGGUGAGUCUGUGAAUGAUGAUUUGCCCACAGUUACACACCAACACCCGUUGUGUCCAGCAGUAUUAGUCUCACUGCAUUUAGAAUGGGAUGAGAACUACAGGAAAUACUUGAUGCAACGCAAUCCCUGUAAAAGAAAAAGAUUCAUAUUCAUGAUGCCACAGAUAAUCAGGAGCUAAAUCUGUGACCUGCAGUAAACACGAGUAGAAAGGUUUUUGCGUAACUGUAAUAAGAGAUUUAAUGGUGAAACACUGUUUUAUAGGUUAGUGAAUGUAAUUUAUCCGCUUUUCUUGUAUCUCUUUCUCAGCUGAAGAGGUACCAAUUUAUUAGUGACACGGUUCUAAAUGUGUUUAAUCAUGUGUUCGGGGCUGAAUACCUAUUACUAUGAUAGAAAGGAACUGCACAAGAAGUUGGGUUAAACGAGAAGAAACGUGCUUAGACUAUCCAUGGUUAGGCAGUAAACACUGGGCUCUGAGAAAUGGACAAUACGGAAAGAGAAGAGUUUGUUCUUAAACUGAUUUUCCCUGUAGGACAUGCCGAUUGAACAGAGACAUCUGGUGGUUGGUUGCAAAACCUAAUCCGUUAAACAGUGAAAGGAAUUUAGCUGAAACUGACUAAAAUCCAGCUUCUUCCAACACUGUUUACCUGCUAGAAAUCCUAAAAUGUCGAUUUUUGUUAUCUUACAAUUUUGUAACACUUGUUACCACUUUUGCACAUUUUGAACUGAUGUUUGUGUUUUGAUCACAGAUGAGGCUUUACUUAAUUUACUUGAUGAUGUGUUUGGCCAUUUUUAAAUUGAUGUGGUUGUUAAUGGUGUUAUCUGUAGGCUUAUUGAAAUUCCAGCUACAUUUAUAUAAGUAGUUUAUAUAUAUAUAAAUGACCUAAUGUCCAGUAUUGAUUUAAAAGACCUUAUAGCAGGAUGGCAUGCCAACUCUGACUGUUUAAUCCUGUCAUACCCCCAGGUAGAUGUGCAUUGUGCCUGUCCUUGUUUCUGCUUAUGUCAAAGAUUGAUCUUCUUCGCCUACUGUACUUAAUUUAUCAAUCUUUAGAGUUAUAAGUAUUGAUGUGCGAUGUGAACAUCCAGUUUGCAGAGAAAUUGUGAACGUAGCGGUUCGUGUAUGAAUUACCUUGGCAAGUCCCGCCUUCUGCCAUCCAGCAACCAAUCAAAUGUAGCAAAUAAGGGUAAUUCUGGGGUGAGAUAAAAUCACUGCAGUCCACCAUAAAGCGUCCCUGUUCUCAGGAGCAAGCAGUGGGUCCCACUUACUCCACAUGCAUGAAAGCAAUACAAAACCUGCUGACAGGUGCAACUGACAGGUUUCAUUUGUUUUUAUCUAUGCUCCCCACUAAUGCCACCCUGGUUAAUUGCCCACAUGGCACCAAUCCAUAAUAGCUACUGGGUGGUGGCCUGAAAAAAGGAUCGGAGAAAAUAACAUUAAUGGAAGGGGAGGUAUUCAACAUUUUUAACUGAGAAGACAUCAGUGCAAUGUGCAAUAAAACAAAAGCGGAUGCAAGCAAAGGCUAAAAGAACUGAGUUCAUUUUCUUACUAAAUAUUUUCAGCUAAAACAUGGCAUUAUAAUGAUGUUAAUUGUGUUAACCUUUAAAUGCCUACCGGUAACUCACAGUGUAUGAAGUUGCAUUGAUGACUAGUUGACUAGUUUUUUUUAUUAUAGACGUCAGUCUGGCGAUACAGUGUUUAAGGCUGAGGCAUGCAGGCUCUUCAAGAAAUGCUGGGCAUGUAACAUGAAGCUUUCCCCACGCAUAGGAACUUCUGAAUUUAUUGUUGUUAAAAUAACACUGCAUUGUUUAUCUACAUGUGAGUAAAGUGUCAUGGGAGCAGGGAAAGGUGCGGCACAUAUACAGUAUGAGUGUGUUGUCAGAAUGAACAGCUAUUUGAAUGAUUUAACACAAUUUAAUGAAGAUUUGUUGUGUUGGCAGCCUUGCUAUCUACAUGCAUUGACUGGAAGAGUGUCUGUUGGACUGUUUUAUUUUAUUAUGACACCACUGAUCCAUUAUUGUUUGUUUUAGAGGAAAAAGUGAGUGGUUAAACAUUAAUCUGAAAGUGAAAUAAAGUUUUAUUGAACAAUAA